AUGUCUGUAUCUUUCGAUAAUUCAAUCCUUGAUGUCCCUGACAACAUUAUUGAACAAGUUCGAAAAGAUUCGAAAAACAUAUACAAUAGAUUAAAAUCAAUCUCCGAAGACGCAAAUUUUGUUAGCGAUAUAUCGGACUUGAUACCAUACUUACCCGUCAUAGCAAAUGAAAGGUGUGGUACCUGGUAUGUGGAUCCAGAAAAAUUAUGUCCACAAACGGUCUAUUUCAAAUCCACCGAUGGUCAUACUGGAAAAUGGGCGUUCAACCUACGCAGGUUAAACGCUCAUCUCUUUAACAUAAUCGCAAAACAUGGUGGAUGUAUGAUAGUGGAUUCGACACGCAGUGGCAAAAGAAUUCCUGAUUCGCAAUCAAAGACGAUACCAAUCUGGUGUUGUACCAUCAAUAACGCGAUCAAGAAAUUUCGGGAUUCUGUUACAUCUGAUGAGGAUAUAUCGGAGUCAGUAUGGGACACGGAAUUUCAUUCACUUCCAUCAUUAAUCUCAAGAUCCGAACAUGAUCAAAUCGUUUCGUUAAUACCUCGAUUUACCCAAAACCUUCUCAAUUCCGGUUUUGACAUGAGAUCACUUUCGAACAAGUUAAGAAAACCCCUUCGACCACUUUGGUUUACCCCAUCGUCAAAUAUAUUUGUACACGGCUUACCAGAUUACACCAAAAUGUCAUUUCAUCCCUUAAUCUGUGUAUGCGCGUCACAAAUGGUUAAAUCCGGAGUCGAAAGAAGGAAAGGGUUCCUUUACGUGCAAGGGUCAGCAGAUGAUCAUGAAAUGUGGGCGAGGGGAUUGACUUCCGCCUUGUUUUGGAAAUAUCACAAGGAAAUAUUGAAUGAAAGUAAUCCUGUUGAAUGUGAAAGAACCGUUUUGGAUGUCAUCCAACGAGAAAAGAACGCCAAUUCCGAAUUGUUAAAACCAAAUCAUUCGGACCUCUCAAAUGAUUCAUUUAUCUUUAUAGGAAACACAAACAUCGCAAUUGGAAAUUAUAAAAGUGCAUUUCCACCUGAAUGCUGGAAGAAUUUUGAUUGCAUCAUAAACUGUACACCAGAAACAUACAUCUCUAAUGAAGCGUCACCAAAUUAUUUACAAUUACCAAUACCUGAAGGCAAGAAAGGACAAAACGUUUUCUAUUCAAGCAUUUCUAUUGCCUUAGAAUUUAUUAGAGGACCAUUGGAAGAAAAGAAGAAAAUAUUGAUUCAUUGUAAACAGGGUAUUGAUAGAAGUUGUGGAAUUGCAUUGGCCGUUUUGGUAAAAUAUUUUGAUGGCAAAGGGAUGGAAUCGACCAUCAAAGUAAGUGGUAGAUUGAUCCCAAACCUAUCUAAACCAUCCAUAACGUUACCGUAA